CAUCAAACAGCCAAUAUAGGACUCAUUCUGCAGCAGGUAAUCUAAGACAGAUGUAGCAGAAGUAAUAUUAAGGAUUAGCCAAUAUGCUAAGUGUAGUGGAUGGCAUCUUCAUUUUUGUUGUGAUUAGUGAGUCAGUAUUGGGGGUGUUAGGGAAUGGAUUUAUUGGACUUGUAAACUGCAUUGACUGUGCCCAGCAUAAGUUCUCUACGAUUGGCUUUAUUCUAACUGGCUUAGCUAUUUCUAGAAUUUGUCUGAUAUGGUUACUAAUUACAGAUGGAUUCAUGCAUAUAUUCUCUCCAGAUAUAUAUUUCUCUGGUAACCUAGUUGAAUGUAUUAGUUACUUUUGGUUAAUUAUUAAUCAAUCAAGUAUAUGGUUUGCCACAAGCCUCAGCAUCUUCUAUUUCCUGAAGAUAGCAAAUUUUUCCAACACCAUAUUUCUCUGGUUGAAGAGCAGAAUAAACAGGAUUCCUACCUUUCUGAUGGGAUGCAUACUUAUUUCAUGGUUAUUGAGUUUUCCACAGACUGCGAAGAUGUUUAACGAUCAUAAAAUGAAGAAUGCCACAGUCGGGGAUUUCAACGUGAGUAGAAGUGAAUACAUUAUUAAACAGGUUUUGCUAAAUCUGGGAGUCAUUUUUUCCUUUAUGCUAUCCCUAAUUACAUGUGUUUUGUUAAUCAUUUCCCUUUGGAGACACAACAGGCAGAUGCAAUUGAAUCUGACAGGAUUCAGAGAUGCCAACACAGAAGCUCAUGUGAAGGCAAUGAAAGUUUUGAUAUCUUUCAUCAUCCUCUUUAUCUUGUAUUUUGUAGGAGUUUUCAUAGAAAUAUCGUUUUUUUCUGUGCCAGGAAACAAACUUCUGCUUAUGUUUGGAAUAACAACCAGUGUCUUCUAUCCCUGGGGUCAUUCAUUUAUCUUAAUUCUAGGAAACAGCAAACUAAAGCAAGCCUCUUUGAGGGCACUACAGCAAUUAAAGCGCUGUGAAAAACGGAAAAGUCUCAGAGCCACAUAGACAGCUUCAGGACAAAUGAAUGUUCCAUGAAAAUAAUCCAGUGAAUAAAUCUUUAAAGAUAUGUUUCAUUGCACUGCAUUCUCGCGUUGUUUUUUAACUGUGUCAUUAAAGAUCACUGAAAUCUUCCA